GACUGUUUCUGCUUCGGAGGACCUCUUCUGCCACCAUGUCAAAAUCUGUACAGGUAGAGCCCUCCGUGGAGCGCAGGUACGGAGGAGUUGGUCGCUGCAAGUGCUCCUUCUGGUUCGCAGUGGCCCACGACAUCGUCGGCGUCUUCAUCAUGAUGGUUGGGGUGUUUGGGGGGCUGGUCAUCCACGAUUUGUUCAUCUACGGGGGGGCUAUCAUCAUCUUCCUCAGCCUGAUCUGGUGGGUGUUCUGGUACUCCGGGAACAUCGACGUGCCACCCGAGGAGCUGGAGGAUGACGUGGGCCUGAUCAAGGUGAAGAACCGCGGACUCAGCCGGGUGGUGAGGCGCGUGUCCGACCGCUUCACCAGCAGGAUCUGGAACUCCUUCAGAAAGUACGGCAGGUGCAUCAGAGAAGACCCGACGGGCAACUACAGGCCUUCAAACCCCGGCACAGAGGUGUCGCUCUCCACUAUCUACGACUCCGCCAUCACCUCCUCUUCUAAAGAACUUACUCGCAGCCCCAGCGGCUCCCCGGCGGCAGGCCUCUGCGUUCACCGCGUGAGCAUCCGUCCUCACGCCGCGGUUGGGCGGGUCCUGCUCGGCCGCGGAGGAAAGCACGUGCCCGGUGCACCGCUAGCCUCCGCUCCUAUGAGUCAAAGCGACCGCACCGGGGGAUGA